GCCAUCCCAGCCAGCCAAGCCAGCCUUCUCUUCUUCUUUCUCUACCAAGUCCGCCUCCUGGGAAGUGAAUGAAUAGAAUGGGCCAGUGAAGCUGAGCUUUGAUCUGAUACACAGAAAAGAAACAGCCACAGCUCCAUUGCCCAACCAAGACUAUAUCUAAAGAGAUACUCGGUAACAAGUUACAACUUUGUAUACGACUUUGGUCCACCCACCAACCUCUUCAUUAAUUUCUUUUUCUCUCUUCAAUCCAAGUUGUCCAGCAAAUGAUGACGCUUGGUUUGAAGGUCCAUAUGGAAUUUUGCUAUACAGUGUAUCAUCUUCUUUCUAGAACUAAUCAUAUCCUUGCUUAUAGGUCCGUUGGUCCCUGGCAUAUAUCCAGAUGUGCAGACGAUAAUGAGGUGGCUGGAAACGUAUAUACAUACAUACUUAUCUGCUGCAGCCUCAUAUAUCCAUAUACCCACACGAGUAGGUGCAUGAAACGGUUGAUUUCCAUAUUCACUUCCAUUUAAGGGUACUCACCGAUAACUUUGUCGCAUCUUUCUUUGGCAAUAUUCUGGACACAGGUAUCUGGAGUUCUCGACAAUCGAACUCCAGCCUUCAAGAAGAUCACUGAUCUUGGCCGUUGUACGACAUUCAAUUGACCUUCUGCACCUUGCCUUUUCGCCUUUAAUAUCUUCGGCUUGAAGAUGUUUCCCAAAAUUUUCCUCACCGCUGCAACGGCAUUGUUGUCUGCUAAGUCAACCUUUGCCCAAACUUACAGUUCUUGUAACCCAUUAUUCACAACUGGCUGUCCUGCAAAUACUGCCCUGGGAAAAUCUAUCGAUGUCGACUUCACUUCAGGGUCAGUUAACUCUUUUGACGGCUCUGGCGAUAUUACCUACGACUCCAAUGGCGCUUCAUUCACAGUAGCCAAAUCAGGCGAUGCGCCAACACUUUCUAGCAUCUUCUAUAUCAUGUUUGGAAAGGUGCAAAUCACAAUGAAGGCAGCUCCUGGUGCGGGUAUUGUUAGCACAUUAGUUUUACAAUCUGACGACCUAGAUGAGAUUGAUAUGGAAUGGCUUGGAGCGGAUGACACUGAAGUACAGACCAACUAUUUCGGCAAAGGCAAAGUUACAGACUACAACCGCGGAGCUUUCAAUCCAGCGGCGAAUAACCAAGGCGAAUUCAUCACCUACACUAUUGAGUGGACUUCAGAGCAGGUCGUUUGGUCCGUAGGUUCUACUGUAGUAAGAGUCCUUACACCCGCAACAGCCGAUACCGAUCAAUAUCCACAAUCGCCAAUGCAGAUCAAAUUUGGAGCCUGGUCAGGAGGAGAUUCAUCGAAUGCCGCAGGCACAAUUUCUUGGGCGCGUGGUCCAACCGAUUACUCCAAUGGUCCAUUCACUAUGGUCGUUCAGUCAAUUGACGUGAGUGAUUAUUCCACUGGUACCCAAUACAAAUAUGGAGAUCAAUCUGGAGACUGGACAUCAAUCGAGGCUAUCGGUGGAUCGGUGAAUGGUAAUGUGCCAGCAUCGGCUUCAUCAAUUCAAACUGCUGGCGCUGCUGCUGUUACAUCUAGCUCCCCAACUAUCCCCGCUGGUAUUAACAAUGGUAAUUCGGCCACUCGGACUGGAUAUCCUUGGGUUGCUGGAACGCAAACUGUAUCGGAGGUAACAUGGAGCACUGGGCCAAGCAUUCCUUCAGGUUGGGAGAUUUCUUCCGAGGGGAAAAUUGUCCCUGUAAGUGCUUCGCCAAUAAACAUCAGCAGGAUCAACCCCCUCCUUCUAUGUGGGCCCUUCACCUUCUUUUUCUUCGCCGCUAUCAGGAGAUGGCCUUGAAACCAUCACGGGCUGGGAUUCUAGAGGAUUUGCUGUAACAAGCACAAUUUUUGUAGGAUGCAGUACGGCCAAAAGCUAUGAUCAGCAAGGAUUUCUGGUAACUGGGAUAGCGGCAUGCACGACUGGUGCUGGUCAAGGAGGCCUUGGUGCAAAUGCCGCCGGUGCUAUUGGCGGAAAAGUCAGGAGCACAAAUAAAGCCGUAAAUAAGCAGAGAGCUUUGCCUGCAGUCUUUUGGAUAGCGGCGGUGGCUAUCGCACGGUUGUGGGCUUAGGCAAACUCGAUGUGUGAUGUGGGUUACGCAGGUUGGAUUGAAAAUGGGAAUGGAGUUUAAUGUGAUAUGAAAAAUUUAUGGGAUUGGUCACCAAACUUCAAGGAAAUGAAGCUUGGAAGGCAAGGUUCCUCGCAGGGAAAGGUGUCUGCGAAUACACGCACGAGGAAAUAAGAUAAUGAUGGAUGAUGGGCAAGAAUUUUAAGGUUAAUGAUAAUGAUAAAGAUGCAUGAUAUAUGAUA